CUUUGGAGGCCCUACACAUCAGAAGAAAGAGAGAGAAAACAAAAAUAGGAAACUUUUAGAGAGACAGAGAGAGAGAGAGAGAGGGGGAUGCAGCAGGGAAAUAGCAGGGGAAGUAGCAGAGCAACGGCGGAAACAGAGUCUUCAAUUGUGGAAACCCUUUUUGUCUGAACAAAACCCUAACCCUAAAUGCCAUAUUUGCAGAGAUUAAAGCCUAAGAAGCCAUUAAACAAGCCUUCGAGUUGGCCGAGCUUCUGGUUCAAAGACAAAGCUCACAAGCAUGUGGUUGUCAAGAUGCAGUUGGAUACUCUCAGUCUUAGCAAAACACCAUCACCACUACCACCACUAGAACACACAGUCUCAGCAGAGUUGGAGAAGACAUCUCCCCUAAAAUCUUCUAAGGUUGACCUUACUGCUCUCUUAACCGACGAGCUUCUCCUCCGGAUAUUCUCCAAGCUUCCUGACUGCCAACGCAACCCUAAUUCGCUCGUUUGUAAGCGAUGGUUGAAUCUCCAAGGUCGCCUGGUUCACUCUGUCAAGUUGCUAGACUGGGAUUUCCUUAUCUCAGGUCGGCUUCUUUCACGUUUCCCCAACCUCACUGAUGUUGAUCUUGUUGCUGCCUGUAUUGACUCGCCUAGGAGUUCUGGAAUUUUGUUGACCCAUAAAUUUUUAUCGGUUCACCUUGAUUCUGAUUUCUGGCCUGAGUUUGUCCCUGAAAAGAAUUUGCUACCACCGGCUUUGAUUGAUCGAGGGUUACGAGUUCUUGCACAGGGAUUCCCUAAUUUGCGGAAACUUGUCCUUAAUGCUGCUACGGUUAGUGGGUUAUCGAGUGUUGCCGAGGAGUGUCCGACUUUGCAGGAAUUGGAGCUGCACCGUUGCACGGAUCUCUCAUUGCGUGGGAUUUCCGCUUGCAAGAAUCUCCAGAUCCUGAAAUUGAUUGGGACUGUGGACGGUUUCUAUAGUUCUGUUGUUUCAGAUAUCGGUUUAACGUUCUUAGCCAAUGGUUGUAAGCGUGUUGUGAAGCUUGAGCUCAGUGGGUGUGAAGGGAGCUACGAUGGAAUAAAAGCUAUUGGCCAAUGCUGCCACAUGCUGGAGGAGCUCACGCUGUGCGAUCACAGGAUGGAUGGUGGGUGGAUGGCGGCCUUGUCAUUUUGUGGAAAUUUAAAGACUUUGAGGCUUCAGUCGUGCAAGAGGAUCGAUCCGACACCAGGGCCUGUCGAACAUUUGGGGUCUUUGCCGACUCUUGAACGUUUGCAGCUACAGAGGUGCCAACUGCGAGAUCAGCAGAGUAUGAAGUCAUUGAUGUUGGUAUGUGAUGCCGUCAGGGAGAUGGUUUUUCAGGAUUGUUGGGGUUUGGAUAAUGAGAUGUUCACCUUUGCAAGCCAUUGCAGGAGGGUAAAGAUUCUAUCUUUGGAAGGAUGCUCAUUGCUAACCACAGAUGGUCUAGAGUCGGUAAUUCUUUCUUGGAAGGAACUUCAAAGGCUUAGAGUAGUUUCAUGUAACAAUAUAAAGGACAGUGAAGUCACUCCUGCACUGUCAAGUUUGUUUUCAGUUCUAAAGGAGUUGAAAUGGAGUCCAGAUUCCCAGUCUCUUCUUUCAUCUGGUCUCGCAGGGACUGGAGUGGGAAAGAGAAGGGGUAAAAUUUUCAAGUGAGUAUGACGAUGAACUCAGCUACCUGAUGUGGAGUAUCUGAGCUUCUGUUGGAUAUGCACUCGUUUGAAUCAAUCAGCUACCGAAGUCAUCCUAGCAACACUGUCAACAGCUGCAACCAUUCUCGCACCAAUUCAGAUGGUUAACAUGUUAACAGAGGAUGACAUGCUUCAAUUUUUCCUUGCAGUGAGCCAGACAAAGGGAGCGAAUCAUUUCUUAUUGAAUGUUCAUUUGAGUUUCAGUUCUCAAUCUUAGAUUACUCCAUUGACCUAUAUGCCCUAUACCUUUAUGACUUUCAUCUCUCAUAAGCAUCUUAUUGCAAUAAAUUUAGGAAUGUUAAUCCCUUUCCGAUUUAGUAUAUGAACCAUCAACCAUGUACCAGAAGGGGUUAUGGGGUAUCUUUGUACAACACUAGCUCAUUUAUAGAAAGCUUAACCUUUAUGAACACCUGGAUGUAGCCCUAUAUUCUGAAUCUAUACUGUAAUGAGAAGAAUAGAUUGGGACA